UUUGUCGUUCUUGGGAGUGAUAAGUCCACUCCACUAUUCAUAGAAUAACAAUUCUAUGAUAAUGAUAUAUAUCCUUAUAACCUGGAACCUGUUAACACUACAAAAAAUGUUAGAUAUUUUGACUGUUUGCAACUCCUACCUAUGUUCCACAAAACAUGAAAUCAUAUUAAAUAACAUGGAGACAGAGUCUCCUCCUGAGUAGCUCACUUGGUCUAUAUAGACUUGAUCAUUUUACUCUCAGUCAAUAAUUAAUUCUUUUGUGGGCUGUGGGAGAUCACAUGGUUUUAUGUAUUUGCUUAGGCUAGCAGAUCAGAGCCCUCCUCCUGUGUGUGUGUGUGUGUGUGUUUAAAAUUUCUCUGUCAUCUCAGAGUUUUCCUCUUGUCAUAUAUGGAGGUCUCUACAAUGAGCAGAACCAACUUCCAAAUACUCAAUAAGAGGGCUUCGUACUUUGUGGCUCCAGCUUGCAGCAGUGCUAUAAUGGAACCAGAACAUCAGACACUGUUGUGGACUUCAGUAUCAGAAGGCACUUGGCAGCAAAAUGGACUGUUCCUGCUGAAAAACCGCUGGAGUUCCUGCUCAUCCGAUGUAGGAAGCUAGUAAUAGCUUUAACAUAAAGACGUCUGAUAUUUGUGCCCUCGUCCAUCUUAUUUCAAAAUGCUUACAUUGAGUUUAACAGCUUUGCCAAGUCAGUGGAACAACUUUCACUCAUGAAAAGUUUAAAGAUGGUAUUUCUUCAAACGCCUAGGGAAUUUCAUUUGGCCUGUCAGCAUGCAUUUGAUACAAUAUUUAUUUGGUCUUUUGACAGGUCAAAAAAACACAAGUAUUUGAUGGAGGUAUCCAAAGCCGUUUAUUAAGGAGGCAUUUUUCAGAAGGGCAGAGACAGGUCUCUGCUUUUUGUGAGAUUUACAAAUUGGAUUCACAUUCCUGCCACUCAUCUGAGACAUCAUUGUACAUUGUUAAUAAUUUCUUGUCCUGAUUAAAUCAAGAGAAACAGUCAUUUCACAAGCAAUAAUGUCAGGACAUUGGGUCCUCUUGUGGGUAGGUCAUCUGUGUGGACUUUUCCACUUAAAAGUAACAUACCUACCAUGAUACCUGACCUGUUUCAUGUGAGGAAACAUUUCAAGAACCAUAGACUAGUCCUUCUUGGUCAUACAGAGUAACCUGGCUUAAGCCAUGUACAUUCUCUGUAUGUGGACUUUGCAGUCAGGGUGCUUUGCUGUAUUCUUGCUGUGUGAGUUUGGGCCAAAUCUCUUAACUUCUCCAAGCCUCAACUUCCUUAUCUGUAUAAUGAUGGGAAUCUUCAUGAUAUUGUUACAGCCCUUAAGUUUAAGCAUGUAAGAAGACAACUGCUGUCUGGUGUGGUGACACAUGCCUGCAACCUGAGAACUCCAAAAGUGAAGGCAUGAGGGUCAAAGACUUCAGAAGCCAAGCUAGGCUACAUACCAGGACAUUGUUAAAAAUCCAUGGCUGGGAAACCAACCAGCUCAACGAUAGAGUGCUUGUAUAUUAUUUACAAAGCCCUGGGCGUCAUCCUUAGUACUGAAGCUUGGGAGGAGGGAAGCGGGAUCGUCUUCAGCAUGUCAAGUCCACAACAAACAACAACCGCUAUGUCGAAGAAUUACUAAGAAGAGAGUUGGGGCUGACAGUCAAUCAUCAAAAGUUAAAAAUCUCCGUUAGGCUUACCUACUACAGGUUUAGCAAAUGAGCGCUGCACAGUUACAGUCACAACUCCAAUUCAUCUGUGACCAAAGAGCAGGAUGGAACGCAAAGACAAGGAAAUAGGAAACCAUGAACUAAUAAAGACGAAAGUGGAGAUUUUUCAAAAUAGGGGAUUCUUAGAGAAGGAAGGAGGGGUAUGUAGGAGAAUGCCAGAAAAGACCUGCUUCAGACCCCUGACCAGGUCUUGCAAAGCCUAGGACCGCCCAGCGAUCAACUCCGGGCCGAGCGGAGACGUAAGGGCGGGGUUUCUAGACGCCGGUCCCCGCCGAAGGCCGAAAGGGGGCGGGGCUUCCUGUCGGAGCAAUCCCGGUUACCUCCGGAAGAGCAGCAGAGCCGAGCCUUCGGACGCCGACAGUUGGGCAUCGCGGGGCGCUCGCGCGAGAAGAUGGCAGACCCGUGGCAGGAGUGCAUGGAUUUUGCAGUAACCCUCGCGAAAGAAGCCGGAGAGAUGGUUCGUGAAGCCCUGAAAAAUGAGGUGGAUGUCAUGAUUAAAAGUUCUCCAGCUGACUUGGUAACAAUCACCGACCAAAAGGUUGAGAAAAUGCUCUUCUCUUCUAUAAAGGAAAAGUACCCAGCUCACAGUUUCAUUGGUGAAGAGUCUGUGGCAGCUGGGGAAAAGACAGUCUUCACAGACAAGCCCACGUGGAUCAUCGAUCCUGUUGACGGGACAACUAACUUCGUGCAUGGGUUUCCUUUUGUAGCUGUUUCGAUUGGCUUCGUUGUAGAUAAACAGAUGGAGUUUGGAAUUGUGUACAGCUGUGUGGAAGAUAAGCUGUAUACGGGCAGGAAAGGAAAAGGCGCCUUUUGUAAUGGUCAGAAGCUUCGCGUCUCAGAGCAGACAGACAUUACCAAAUCCCUCUUGAUAACUGAGGUGGGCUCCUCCAGAAAGCCAGAGACUUUGCGGACCGUUCUCUCCAACAUGGAGAAGCUGUGCUCCAUUCCCAUCCACGGAAUCCGGAGUGUUGGAACAGCUGCUGUUAAUAUGUGCCUUGUGGCAACUGGAGGGGCCGAUGCGUAUUUUGAAAUGGGGAUUCACUGCUGGGACAUGGCAGGAGCCGGCAUCAUCGUCACUGAAGCAGGUGGAGUGCUUAUGGAUGUCACAGGAGAACCAUUUGAUUUGAUGUCUCGGAGGAUAAUUGCUGCAAACAGUAAAGAAUUAGCCGAAAGAAUAGCCAAAGAAAUUGAGAUAAUACCUUUACAAAGAGACGAUGAAAGUUAGUCCUAAAGAACAGUGUCCAGCUUUGUCACACUCACCGUCCCCGGGAUGUUAAGAUGGAUGAUGUCACUGACUUAAAUUUAUCUUUGAGGUCCUGAUUUUAAAAUGGGAACUUUUUUUUUUUUUUUUUUUUUUUUUACAGAGGACAUAUUCAAAAUAGGGUGGCAUAUUUGAUUGUUGAAAGAAAAUUUGCAUGUGAUAAUAUUCUUGGGGAAAAUAUACAGAAAGUAAUGAACUAGCCAUUGAAAUAGUUCCCAGUCCAUAUGAUCCCUUAAACUUUAAUGUACUGUUUAUAUGCACAAUUCUCAAUUAGAAACUUAUCUUUUUGUGUAAGUUUUCCUCUUUGUUCCAGAAGCCAUAUUUAAUGAAGCUUGUAAGGCUCUAACAAGCAGGCCUCUCCUUGUAGAGAGCCUUUUUGCUUUAUUUAUUUUUAUUUUUUUGUUUUUUUCCUUUUUGUUUUAUUAAUCACUGUAGUAUAGCACCCGGCACAGUACCUGUCAAGCAGCAGGCAGUCUGAAAUCGUCACCUCACAGUGACCACUUGAAACUACAGCCCCUGCUUAUAAUGGCCAUGAUAAGAUAACCAUUCUGCUUUUGCUUCCUGUACUGUCCUUUUUGUAUUUCAUAGGGUCACACUGCAAGAGACGAUUGCAUAUUGUGGGCAUUUCUGCAGUUAGGAUACUACUGUGUGUCGUAGGUUCUGCUUAAAACCCCUGUGCUAGAAAGAAAUUUUCACAGAACUCUUCCAUGUAUUUGGUGUAGUUAGUUACAGUGUAACAUUUUACUAAAUGCAGUAUUGACAUUCACAUAUUUACACUGGUUUUGGCUGUGCUGACAGAUGUACUGUGACGUUAAUGGUGAGACAUUUGAUUUCUUUCCAAAUUUCUUGCUUAAUUUCAUCACUGCUAUCUGUAUAUUCUACAAGGGUCUUGGACCUCUCAAACUCAAGAAAAUUUAAUGGCUUGUAUUCCUUUUUAAAGAAUUAAUUUUUUGUCUAGCCUUGACCCUUGGCAUAUGAACAGAUGUUUUAUCGUUAGUGUGUUUGAACUUUGUAUUUAAUAAAAUGAAGUGUUCUUGUAAGUUUCAAGACAGGUAUCUUAUUAUUGGGUCAUUUAAUACAUUAAAUGUGUAUGAUACUCUAAUUUGGGCGCUGUAAUUACUGUAUUUAUGCUGUUAAUUACAUGCGUUUAAAAUGUCACAUACCAUGUAAAUUCUAUUGCAAGACAGGCUGUUUUUGCAAUUAAAUUUAUUUUAAUUAAGACUAUUGAAAA